AUGAGCUCAGAUUUUAAAUAAGAUGGAACUCCUUUUACUAAAUUGUUUUAAAGAUUAGAAAAUAUACAUCAAUCUCCUGUUUUUAAUGCUGAUUGUCUCCAACACCAAGAUGACAUGUAUAUAAAAGACUAGUCCCCUGAAUAAGUCUGUAAGAAAUUGGAAUUCACUCCAUAUUUGAAAUCUCCCAAUCAAUUUCAACCUUAUUCUCCAUUAAAUCAUUAGACAACCAAAAAAGCAAAUAUAUUCGUUAUUUCUCCUGCCAGAUAAAUCAACUUUGACCACACCAAGACAGAAUAACGACUUGUCAAUAUAAGUUCACCUCUCAGUUCAAUGAAGAUACCGGAUGAUCUAUUAUGCGAGGAGGAAGAGAUCUUAUCAGAAGAUCAAGACAAUCGUUCUCAAUUCAGAAGUCCUCCCAAAUCACCUCACAGAAAAUUAGAAAGAGCUACCAAAUUGAAAUUCAUCAAUUUCGUAACCUUAAAAAAGCCACUCAAAUUUACGAGUGAUUAAAUAACCAAUAGAAAACAAAACCCCAAACAGAGUAAAAACCUAAAAUAAUCGUAUGCAAUUGUAAGAAAUCCAAAUGUCUUAAAUUAUAUUGUGAUUGCUUUGCUGCAGGCGUAACAUGUGGCAAAAAUUGCAAUUGCUGUUCUUGUCAUAAUAACGAUGAUCAUACAAAAGAAAGAGAAACUGUUAUCAAAUAAAUCAUGGAAAGGAAUCCAUCGGCAUUUUCGCCCUAAAGUUGAAUCCAAAAGCAACUCAGAAGAUGAAUAAGACCAUAAGCCAAGACAUUUCAAAGGAUGCAAUUGUAAAAAAUCGAAUUGCCUUAAAAAAUAUUGUGAAUGCUAUUAAAUGGGAGUCAAAUGUUCUGAAUUAUGUAAAUGUGAUGAAUGUAAAAAUUGUGAAAUGCCUGUUAAAAAAGAUUCAAGAAAAAGGAUUAAACAUGUACACCAACAUUUUAAACAUACUGAAAUCUAUUGAGUUAAUGAUUAAGUUUUGGGCUUUUUUUCAAUAUUUUGCUAUUCAUUUUUUAA